AUGGCUUCAGAAACAACUCAACAACUUCAUCCUCCUCUUCACUUUGUUUUAUUCCCUUUCAUGGCUCAAGGUCACAUGAUCCCCAUGGUCGAUAUUGCAAGGUUAUUGGCUCGGCAUGGCGGGAUUAUAACCAUUAUCACGACGCCUCACAAUGCUGCCCGGUUCAAGAACGUUCUUGACCGGGCCAUCCAGUCAGGCUUGCCCAUCAAUCUUGUGGAGGUGAAGUUUCCAUCUCAAGAACCAGGUACAUCACAAGGACAUGAGAAUUUAGACUUGCUCGAUUCAUUGGCGGCGUCAAUAUCUUUUUUCAAAGCAACUACCAUGCUCGAGGAACCAGUCGAGAAGCUUUUGAAAGAGAUUGAACCUAGGCCAAGCUGCAUAAUCGCCGACCAUUGUUUGCCUUAUACAAACAGAAUUGCCAAGAACUUUGGUAUACCAAAGAUCAACUUUCAUGGCAUGUGUUGCUUCAAUCUUCUUUGUAUGCACAUUUUGCGCCAAAACUACGAGUUCCUGGAAACUGUAGAAUCUAACAGUGAGUACUUCCCCAUUCCAAAUUUUCCUGACAAAGUUGAGUUCGCAAAAUCUCAGCUUCCUUUGGUCGUAAUUGCUGCUGGAGAUAGAAAAGAGUUGCUUGACGGAAUGGCAGAAGGGGACAAAACUUCUUAUGGUGUGAUAGUCAACACAUAUGAAGAGCUUGAACCAGCUUAUGUUAGAGACUAUAAGAAGGUUAAGGCAGGUAAGGUAUGGUGCAUGGGGCCGGUUUCCUUGUGCAACAAGGCAGGAGUAGACAAAGCUGAGAGGGGAAACAAGGCAGCCAUUGAUCAAGAUGAGUGUAUUAAAUGGCUUGAUUCUAAUGAAGAAGGGUCGGUGCUGUAUGUUUGCCUUGGAAGUAUAUGCAAUAUUCCUCUGUCCCAGCUCAAAGAGCUUGGACUAGGUCUGGAGGAAUCCCAAAGACCUUUCGUUUGGGUCAUAAGAGGUUGGGAGAAGUAUAAAGAGUUAGAUGAGUGGAUCUCAAAGAGCGGUUUUAAGGAAAGAAUCAAAGCAAGAGGCCUUCUCAUAAGAGGAUGGUCGCCUCAAAUGCUUAUCCUUUCACACCCUGCGGUUGGAGGAUUCUUGACACACUGCGGAUGGAACUCAACUCUUGAAGGAAUCACCUCCGGCGUUCCAUUAAUCACAUGGCCUCUGUUCGCAGAUCAAUUCUGCAACGAGAAAUUGGCAGUGCAGGUACUAAAAGUCGGAGUGAGAGCCGGAGUUAAAGAACCUAUGAUAUGGGGAGAAGAGGAGAAAAUAGGAGUAUUGGUGGAAAAGGAAGCAGUGGAAAAGGCAGUUGAAGAAUUGAUGGGUGAUAGUAAUGAAGCUCAGGAGAGAAGAAAAAGAGUUAAAGAGCUUGAAAAAUUAGCUCACAAUGCUGUGGAAGAAGGAGGCUCUUCUCAUUCUAACAUCACACUGCUCUUACAAGACAUAAUGCAACUAGCACAAAUCAAGGCUUGA